GCCUGGUGCCGGGCGGUCAGGCCCGGGCUCUCGCCUUUGUUGGUGCUCGUGCCCCUGGGUUUCAGGUGCGCUGCGAGGCUGCGAUGGGCUGUGGGGCAGAGCGGAAGCAGGUAACCCGGAGCCGCUGCCUCGUGUGUAAGCUGGGGACAGGGUCUGAAGCUUUAUUUCUGUCCGUGUCUCAUUGAUUUAUGCUUUAUGAGACGCGGCCAGUGAACCAGUGGCCACGCUAUCCGAGACAGUCAGCCCGGACGACAGGAUGUUGUACAAUAGUUGACUGGGCCCCAGAUGAGCAGUCGACAGCAAUGUGUUGUGCGGUUUCCCACCAACCAGCGUAGGAGGUGGCUUUGUCUCCUCACUGGUGACAGCUGUCGACUCUGGCCGUGAUCUGGAGGUGCGGCUCGGGGCUGGUGAUCACCAGGCCUCUGCGAGGGUGGCGUUCCCUCUGUUACCAGCGGGGGCCGCAGACGCCCCACGUCUCUGUGGGUCUGCUCAGUGGGAGCCGCAGGGCGGGAGCCCAGGCCUGCAUGACUUGAAAGCCUGUGGGAGCAGUGACAGUCAUGGCAGGGAACCUCUGGAGUGGGCAGGGCUUCUGGUUUCUCUUUCUUGAGGGAGAAGUGGGGAGAUGAGUUAGGAGGUGUGACGUGCGUGUGUGAUUGUACUGGUAAUUGGGCAUAAACAGCAGACUGGUCUGCAUUAAGCAUCAUGCCCAUGGUCGGUCAUAUGUUCUUGGGGCUCCAGGUGGAAGAUGGAAGAACCACGAGAGGCUUUCUCCAGGAAUGAUGGCCGUGCGGGUGCUAUCGUGGUGGAAAAGUUCCUGGUGGAUUCCGUGAAGCCUGCAUCCCACGUGCAGCUCGCCUGCAGUGGGCAGUGCUGUGCUUUCCCUUCAGAUGGAAACGAGCUGUGCAUAUGGGACACCAAGGACCCUCCUCACCAGCUGAUGAUCCUAAAAGGACACCGUCAGCCCAUCACUGCCGUGACAUUUGGGAGCAGAGAGAGCCCGCUUCUGGUCUGCUCUGCGUCGCUAGACUGUGUCAUGAUGUGGGGCCUGGGCGAGUGCAGGCGGGAAGAGCUUCAAGGGCGACUUCCGCGGGGGACCUCUCUCGGCGCCCUCUUGGGAAGGGUGCUGUGUCUGAGGCUUAGCCCCGAUGACCGAGUGGUGGCGGUGUGUGUGAAAAACAAAGUGCUCAUGCUGGACCUUGAGAGCCGGUCCCUGCUGGCUGAGCUGGAUGGCCACCAUGGCCCAGUGACCGCGGCCGAGUUUUGUGCUUGGCAACCACACAUCCUCAUCUCGGCGUCCGAGGACAGAAGCUUCAAGGUUUGGGACCAUCGCACGGGAUCACUGAUAUACGGCUCAUCAGUGUUCACAGCCGCACCCCUCCUGAGUCUCCUUGUGGACCCGCGGAGUCAGCAGCUGGUGGCUGGCUGCACGGACGGCCAGCUCUGGAUCUUCAGUUUGGUCGAAGGGCACCAUUACCGCUGUGUGACGCACGUUGACCUAAAGAGAAAGAGAGAGAGUUUCUGCGCUAGGAGGGCAGAGUCUGAGCCAGAAGGUGGUCAGCCUCCAUCCACGAAGGCCCCAGAAACAGGAGAAGAGACUGAGGUGGCCCUUCCCGUCCUGAGCCUGGCAGCCUGCGACUGUGGAUUCCUCUCUGAGACUGCCUGCUGCUUGUGGAUUGGAAGCUCUGCUGGUUUGCUCAUGUUUAACUUGGCAAGCUUUGAACUGGAGGCCGUUUUACAUUACAAGGACUUCCGGAGCCUCAGCAUUCAGGUUGCUGGAUCGUGCGCGGUGGCGAGCAGAACCGGCGGUGGUGAGGCCCUCUGUUUGCUCACGUCCAUGUUCGGGAACGAGACCGCGCUGGUGGAGGUGGACCCUGCCGCUCUGCUGAGGUCCCAGCAGCGCCCCCGCCGGGGACCGGACCUGUCGGCGCUGCCCAGCUCCUGUGUCUCACCGACCUCUCCGCUGUACUUGGGACUUGUUAAGGAAAAAAGGACCAAGCCGGCUACUCAGAAACACUCUGCUGCUCGGAGUGUCGUGAAGGACCACCCGCUGGUUUUCCACAGCAAGAUACGGUCGUCGGGCUACACGGCUGCCCCGUGUACAACUAUGUUUUCACCAAAGACUAGCUUCAAAAAUGAUGGUAAAAGAGCUUCAAGAAGCAAGAGCAAUUACGGGUGGUAUGUGACCUACAAGGAGUGCCCUUUGGAGAGCCCUGCGCCCAGCGAGCUGAGCCGGCAGCUGGCCGUGGCCCGCGGCCAGGCCCUGCUCUGUGUUCAGUAUUCAGGAGAUGGACAGCGGCUGGCCUGUGGCUCGGCCAACCACUUGUUCCUGGUCUGCGAUGCUGAUCUUACUGGGACGCCUGCUGUUUUGUCAGGUCACGACGGGGCGGUGGGCAGCGUGUGCUGGAGCCACGAUGGCCGCUGGGUGCUGUCCGCCUCCCAGGACGGGACGCUGCGGGUGUGGUCGGUGCGCGGCCCGGAGCUGGCGCUGCGUCUGGGCACAGACACGUUCCCUAAGCCUGUCCAGUCGGCACAGUUCUAUUACAUGGACGCGUUUAUCUUGUCUUCCUCGGGCCCCGAGGUCCAGCUGCUCAAGCAUCACAUCGACACCAGCAAGGACGACUUACGAAGGUACAGACAGAAGAGCUGGUGUGUACCGGUGUGCAGGCUCCCCUCGACCGACGCCACGGAGGUCACCAGCUUGUCCGCAGUGAAUGACUUCCACUCCUACCUCGUGCUUACUGCCGGGCGGAACCGGACCUUAGAGGUUUUCGACCUCAACAUGGGCUGCAGUGCGGCCGUCAUCACAGGAGCCCAUUCUCGGCCCGUCCACCAGAUCUGUCAAAAUAAAGGGUCAUCAUUUGCAACCCAGCAGUCCCAGGCUUAUAAUCUCUUUGCGACCGCGGCCACUGGUGACGGGAUAAAGCUCUGGGACCUGAGGACCCUGAGGUGUGAGCGCCGUUUUGAAGGCCAUCCAAGCCGCGGCUACCCGUGUGGAAUCGCUUUCAGCCCUUGCGGCCGGUUCGUGGCUUGUGGCGCUGAAGACAGACACGCGUACGUGUACGAAACCAGCUCCAGCACUUUCUCCCGCAGACUCGCAGGACACACCAGCACGGUAACUGCGGUGGCCUUCAGCCCGGUUGCCACUCAGCUCGUCACAGCCACCUUGGACGGCAAGCUUCAGCUGUUUCAGGCCCAGUGAUGCUGACCCACGGGCUGGGCACCGCCUGGGCCAGAGCAUGGCCUGAGUCUGGGUCCUCGACCUGAGAGACGCCGGCAGUGUCUACACCACCUGCCCAUCUGAGCCACCCUCACAGCUGCGGCCCACCUACUCCUUGCUGGGGAUUCCCUGCCCUGGAAAAAUGGAAAUGGUGUCCAACACCUCUGCACAGAAUCUGGUCAAGUUAGAAUAGAAUGUUCUUCAAUAAAAAAUAAUCUAGUA